AUGGAGAUGGACUGGAUAGCCAUGUUCUAUGGUGAUGCUGGUUCCCUCACGGUCCAAGAGAAGUCUCCGAAGGGCCAGCCCUCUGCACAAAUGGUGGGGUGGGGGAUGGGCAGCGUCUGCCGCGUUCAGAAAAUGGCUGAGGCAUCACCCUCGAAAUUCACAAAAACUGAUGAUGCUGAGAUGGAGCAGCUCCGGCAGGAGCUGCAGCUACAUUCUUAUUCAUGCAACGACGAGGCAGUGCCCCGACGCCAGCUAUAUGAGCAGAGCGUCGGGGUACAUGGCCGAGUCUGCCACAAGAUCGCAAAAGAGAUUCGUCUUCGCCGGGCGGCCGAGAUGAAGCUGCGCAUGGAGCAGCAGCAGAAGCAUCAGCUUCAACUGCAGCUGCUCCAUGCGCAGCAGCAAAUAAAGGAACUGCAGGAGCAGUUGGAGAUGCCUCGCGACAAGUCCUUUCGCCGUUCUCAGGCAGCCAGGCAGAGCAUGGCGGAGCGCCGUCUUGUGGUUUCCGGACCUCAGCGGCCUUCCACUGGCACCUGUGCCCGUGAGGGCACAGGUUUUCGUCAUAAGGUGAAGAAGUGGCCAAUUUCUGCUUUGACUGGGCGCAGUCACAAAUUGGUCAUUCCACCUGAGGAUCCUGACAAGAAGUUCGUUCUUGUCAUUGGAGCCUCCCAUCUACGGGCCAUGGUAGAUGGAUUUGUGAAGAUGCCAGAGGGACGCCUCUCCUUUGGCUUCAUGUCGACCCCGGGGGCCUGUGCGUCUGAGUUGAGGACCGAGAUGUUGCAUGCUGCUGUACCUCGGACACCCGACGCAGUCUGUGUGAUGGCCCCCAGCAACAACCUGACCGCCAGCAGGACGGUUGAUGAGGCGGGAGCUGACUUUCGACAGUUCCUGCGCAGCGCGUGCAGUCUUUGGACAACGGUCUUUGUCCAGGAUUUCACACCUCGCCUGAAUGCAGACCUGGGUCUUCAGGAACUCAUGCGGCAAGAGUUCCAUCGUGUGGCAGCCAGCAUGGGUAUCAGAUACUUUCCCACCGCUGAGCACUUCCCCUUGGAUCGCCUGGACUUGUGGAGCAGAGAUGGCGUCCACCUGAGUGAUGCUGGCGGUAUGGCGAUCCUCUCUCAGCUGAUCUGGAUGUCUGCUUAUCAGCUAUUGGAGACACCACCACCUACGCCCCAGGUUCCUCUCAGGACUUCACCCCCUGGGAGAACCUUUGUACCAAAGGUGGUGGUGAAGGGAGAAGCACCUGUGCCGCGUCCGUCAAACCCUUUUGACUGGACAGUUGUCAGCAAGGGCAGGAAGGUGAGACAUUGCAUAUUGUAUGUGUGUUUUAGUUUUUGGAGUGGAAGAUUUUUCCUGACUAGUGUAACACUGUGCGGACAAAGUGAUAUCCAUUUGUUGCUGUACCUGUGUGCAUGUUUUGGCUUAUUUUCAAGAUACAUUUGCAACAAUGGUCUUGUUCUUUUGUUUUCCACAGGCAGAUGAAACAUCAGUCAAGU